GCUGCUAACGCUGACGUCUCUUUCUGCAGGGAAAUGGCGACCGGAGUCGUGCAGGCGGACCGCUCCACUUCUUCAUUAUCGUGUCCAAAACGAGCCGCAAUGAAAACGCCAAGGCGGUUCGGUUUCUUAAUUAGCAAUGUCUUCCUAGUGCUUUCGUUUGUCUCCAUGUUGCAGUGUGUUUCCGCUGACGGGAAGACGCUGGUGCUGCUGGACAACCUGAACAUCAGAGACACCCAUUCAAUCUUCUUCCGCAGUCUGGCAGAUCGCGGCUUCGACCUGUCAUUCAAGACGGCAGACGAUCCCUCCCUAUCACUAAUCAAAUAUGGACAGUUCCUGUAUGACCAUUUGAUCAUCUUCUCACCAUCAGUUGAGGAUUUUGGUGGAAGUAUAAAUGUGGAGACUAUCACAGCUUUCAUCGAUGGAGGAGGCAGUGUCCUGGUUGCUGCCAAUUCUGAUAUUGGUGACCCUCUGAGGGAGCUGGGCAGUGAGUGUGGGAUUGAGUUUGAUGAGGAGAAGACUGCUGUCAUUGACCAUCACAAUUAUGACGUGUCAGAUCCUGGAGAGCACACUCUGAUCGUCGCCGACCCAGAGAACCUGCUGAAAGCUCCCACUAUUGUUGGCAAACCAACAGAGAAACCAGUUUUAUUCAAGGGUGUUGGCAUGGUUGCUGACCCAGACAACCCUCUUGUCCUGGACAUCCUCACUGGCUCCUCAACAUCCUACUCCUUUUUGCCUGACAGACCCAUCUCUCAGUACCCCCAUGCUGUUGGCAAGAACACCCUGCUGAUCGCCGGGCUCCAGGCCAGAAACAACGCCAGGGUGGUUUUCAGCGGCUCCAUGGACUUUUUCAGUGACGCCUUCUUCAACUCGGCCGUGCAGAAGGCCAGACCCGGUUCCCAGAGGCACGAGCAGACGGGGAACAUGGAGCUGGCUAUGGCUUUGUCUCGCUGGGUGUUCAAAGAGGCCGGAGUCCUGCGAGUGGGAGCUGUUACCCAUCGCCGUGCGGGAGAGACCAUUCCUCCUGCAGCCUACACCAUCACUGACCUUGUGGAGUACACCAUCGUCAUUGAAAUGUUGUCCGAAGGCGGCUGGGUCCCCUUUGACGGCGAUGAUAUUCAGCUCGAGUUCGUGAGGAUCGAUCCCUUCGUCAGAACUUAUCUAAAGAAAAAGGGAGGUAAAUACAGCGUCCAGUUCAAGUUGCCUGACGUGUAUGGAGUCUUUCAGUUCAAGGUGGACUACAACCGACUGGGAUACACACAUCUGUACUCCUCCACUCAGGUUUCAGUGCGUCCUCUGCAGCACACUCAGUACGAUCGCUUCAUCCCCUCGGCGUUCCCGUACUACGCCAGUACCUUCUCCAUGAUGGCAGGACUCUUCAUCUUCAGCGUGGUAUUCCUGCACAUGAAAGAGAAGGAAAAGUCAGACUAAUGUCCAGAAACGACGGGAAAAGGAAAACAAGAAUAUGAAAUAGAACUUUUUGACAUGGAAAGUUGAAAUGUAAAGUCUUGAUGACAGAAGCCUUCAGUCAGGGAAGAGGACUAAUGUUUCGUUCUUCGAGGGGAUUCACCUAAUCGGGCUCUGGAGGUCAGAAGGGUUGCUGACUGCAAUGCAAUGCAGUAUGUUUUUUAAUUUUUUUUUUAAUGUACUAUUGAAUCACCCAAAGGCCUGUGUGCUCAAAAUUCAGUCAGCAGUUUUCUUUUCACCUUUCAUUUGAUAACAUUAUCUGUUGGUUAUAACAGUUCCUUUUGGAAUUCAAAACGUACAACAUUUUCUCAUUUUGAAAUGGUUAUUGUGGUAAUAAGAUGCACUGAAUAUGACAACCGUUCCCUUGUUUUUGAUAAGACUUUGACUGUGUUUUCAAAAAGCUUGGAGUCCUCAAUAAAAUUUUCACAUUCCA